AUGGUCCGAUCCCUUCUCCUCGCGGCUCUUGUCGCUUCUGCGACGGCCCUUAAUGUGGCACGUAAGGAGGCACAACAACUAUAUACCAUCGAGCUUGCGCCCGGCGUGACCAAGCAAGUGACAGAGGCAGAGAAAUAUGCCCUGAAGGCUGAGGGCAAGAACUUCUUCGAUAUCACAGACUUUGCCGACUUCACGAACGACUUUACUACCAGUCAGGUCAAGGCCGCUGCUGUUGUCUUCCCUACGGCUGUCGCCCAACAGACCGCCGUUGAAGCUCUGCUGCCCUCGCUCAACAAGACUUUGAUGAAGUCAAACCUCCAGACCUUCUCCGACUUCCAGAACCGUUAUUACAAGUCGACUUACGGAAAGCAGUCCUCUGCCUGGCUCGGCCAACUGGUUAACUCCACGAUUGCCAGCACAGGCGCCAAGGGCGUCACCGCCAAGUUCUUCCCCCACACCUGGGGUCAGAGCAGUAUCAUUGCUACCAUUCCAGGCCUGAGCACAAAGACUAUCGUCCUUGGUGCCCACCAGGACUCGAUCAACCAGGCUAGCCCUAUGAACGGCCGCGCUCCUGGUGCUGAUGAUGAUGGUUCCGGUUCCAUCACCAUCCUAGAGGCGCUCCGCGUCCUCCUCAGCGACAAGCGUGUCGCCGCCGGCCAAGCCCCCAACACCAUCGAGUUCCACUGGUACUCUGCUGAGGAAGGAGGUCUGCUCGGCAGCCAGGCCAUCUUCCAGAGCUACGCUUCGGCAGGCCGCGACGUCAAGGCUAUGCUCCAACAGGACAUGACCGGCUACGUCGGUGCCGGUAAGACGGACCAGAUGGGACUUAUCGUCGACAACGUCGACACCGCCUUGACCAACUUCAUCCGCCUGGUUCUUGACGCUUACUCCGAUAUCCCUUACGUCGACACCAAGUGCGGCUACGCCUGCUCCGACCACGCUUCUGCUUCCAAGGCUGGCUACCCGUCCGCCAUGGUCUUUGAGUCUGCCUUCGAGGACCACUUGCAAUCGAUCCACACGGCCCAGGACACCAUGGACAAGGUCAACUUUGACCACGUCCUCCAGCACGCCCGCAUCACCACCGGUGCUGCUGUUGAGCUUGGCUUCGCUGCAUUCGCGUAG